GCCAGGUUGCUGUUGCCAUGCAGACAGCAAAGCAACAAGGGGAACUGAGCUGCAGUUACACGCUUAAACUGGAGUCGAAAAAUUCAGAAUGAGAGGAUGAAGCUCUCUCGUUGCGACACGUCUGUCUGUUUCUCUCACAUUGCAGGUUUCAUUUGGAUGUAUUUUUGAGCAACAGAAGGUUCUGAGUUGGAGCUGACUGACCAAAAGAUGUGCCCUGCACUUUAAAUUAUCUUUGCUUGUAUCAAAGAUUUACCCAGAGACAACUUCAGAGAAAAACCUACACUUGUAAAUGUACCCCUGAAUGCCAUGACAAUGACAAGCCCUCCAGACUGAAGAGACGUAUUUGUAAGUCUAUGAAGACAGGACCCUCCAUCAGCAGCUGUCUGGUUAUGAAAAGAUACUUCCUGUUAGCCAAAAGGCAGGCCACCAGAUGUUUGAGGGAAUUGCCGUCCACAAACGGCUGUGCUGGGGAGUUUUCUACCUGCUGGCCACAGGAGUGGCAUUAACAUCUGAAACGCGCCGGCCGUGUCCACAGUCCUGCCGCUGCAACACCGAGCUGCUGGAGGUGAAUUGCUCUUAUGGCCAACUCAGCACGGUGCCCAACGAUCUCUCACAAGAUGCUAAACUGCUAAACUUAACUCAUAACAAUAUAAAAACACUGGUGCAUCAGCAUUUCCAGACUUUAACACAACUUUUAGACUUGGAUUUAAGUGAUAACCUUCUGGCAGUGGUUGAACUGGAAGCCUUUCACGGCUUGCAAAGUCUGCUAACUCUGCGUCUUGCCCGCAAUCACCUGAAGAUUAUUCCUGUGGGAGCAUUUGCUGGAUUACCAAACCUGCAGUUACUGGACAUAAGCAGCAAUGAGAUCCUUGUUUUCUUAGAUUUUACUUUCCAUGACUUGGCAGCCCUGCAGUGUAUUAAAGCAGCAGAUAAUGAUUUAGUUUUCAUCUCUAAUCAAGCUUUCACCGGACUAACCAGUCUACAGGAGCUGCACCUUGAUGGCUGCAACCUCACUGCGGUGCCGACAGAGGCGCUCACACAGCUCAGCGUACUCAGAAGCCUUCAUUUUCGCCGACUGGGCCUCACCACACUGCCAAACUAUUCUUUCCAUCAUCUAGUGCGCCUCAAGGAACUUGUCAUUUCUCAUUGCUCCUGGCUGGAGACACUGUCGGGAAACAGCCUCUUUGGCCUAAAUCUUACAUCCCUCACCAUUAGACACUGCAACCUCAGUGCUAUCCCCUACAUUCCUUUGCAUCAUCUUGUAUAUCUUGUAUUCCUUGACCUUUCCUUCAAUCCAAUCUCUUACAUUCAGGGGAACCUGCUUGGAGACUUGCUCCGGCUCCAAGAGCUCCAUCUGGUUGGGGGAUCAUUGUUACGCAUUGGAAUCGGGGCAUUCAGGGGUUUAACACAUUUCAAUUUGCUGAAUGUAUCUAGAAACCUUCUCACCACACUCGAGGUAGGUGCUUUUCAGUCAGUUGACACCCUGAAAACUCUGGGACUUGAUAGCAACCCACUGGCAUGCGACUGCCGUUUGCUGUGGGUGGUGCGAAGACACCUGUACCUAGACUUUGGUGGAAAGUCACCGACUUGCACUACCUCAGUCCAUCUGCAGGGCUGGGAUUUUCUUGAUUUCUCUGAAGUUGAGAUACCAGGCCUGCUCACCUGUCACCAGCCUCGAAUUCUGAACCGCAAACCUCAGGAUGUGAAAGUAGAUCAGGGACACACAGUAGUGUUUUACUGCAAUGCAGAAGGUGACCCUCUGCCAUCUGUAAGCUGGCUAAACCCACAGUUAAGACCUUUAUCAGCUAUUGGUAGAAUACGGGCUCUCUCUAAUGGCUCAUUGGAAGUUCGUUAUGCUCAGCCUCAGGAUAGUGGCACUUAUCUCUGUGUGGCAUCUAAUGCGGCAGGAAAUGACAGCCUGCCUGUCAGCCUUCAUGUCCGAGCCUUUCCAUCAUCUUCUAAAAACCUGUUUCGUCUUAAAGGUUGGUUUGCCUUUCCGUCUGCCUCUCCAGGUGUAAAUGGAAAUCAGAAACUCCCAUUUGAUGUCAAGACGUUACUAAUAGCAGCAACCAUUGGGUUUCUUUCAUUUUUCAGCUCUGUGAGCAUAUGUUUUAUUUUCAUGCUCUUUUGGAGUAAGAGCAAAGGGCAAAUAAAACACACAGCUACGAUUGCAUACGUGCCACGAGGUGCCAUGUCGAGUAGUAAUGGAGGCACAGGCAAUUAUAUGGAGACUAGCAGGUUCACCAUGAAACUUAUAUGAGCCAAUAAGUUAAAUGUCUUUUUUCAAGUUAAACAAAACUGGUAAAACUACGGUUUUUAAGCUGUAAAAUAUGAAACCAUCUGGCAUUAAAACCCGUAAUUUCUAGACAGAAUUGAAAAAUUAGAAUUAGAAUUGAAUUUUAGUGGCAUGUUAACUUGUGCAUAGCAGACGCUGACAAUUAAUUUGUUCAUUUAAAUGUGAGCAUUUUGGCUAACAUCUCUGUAGCAAACUCAAAAAGACAUAUAUAUAUAUAUAUAUAUAUAUAUAUAUAUAUAUAUAUAUAUAUAUAUAUGUAUAUAAGAUAUACAGAAUGUCAUUUCUAUUCAAGUUAAUUUGAUAUAUUUAUAUUUUUUUGCCAGUAUUGUGAUAUUGUCACAUUUACUGUACUGUUCUUUAAUGGAUGUGUGUAAUGUAACUUUGUUGUUUUUGUUUUUUUAUUCCCCAAUAAAUCACUUCAUAUGAUUUCUUUCAAAAAGCAGCAUAAAAUAAAAUGGUUGUGCUUUCAAAAAUGUCA